AUACAAGAAACAUUUCAAGAUCGGAAGAUCCACCUGGCGUCGAUUUACAUCUGAAGAUCGCGCGCUACAUCAUCACCCGGUCCUGUUUAUUUGCUGGGUCUACCCAAGCCACAUUCGGAUUUCGCUCUCGCUUGCUGGUCAAUCCGACUCAAUCGGAGUAUCCCUCAUACUGAUGCCGCUGGCCAGGUAACGUUAUCCGUGCGCAAAACACUCUGGUGGUUAUGUCUUCUUCAUUAUUCGGUAUCUCGGCUAUGAUGGUAUAUUCUUGAGGUGUUUUGAAUUAUUUGGUGCUGCUUUGUACAUAGGUAAGGUUACCGCAGCACGGGGAUGUAUCUCAACGAUGCUGCGGGAAGCAACGCUUCUGACGCCCUCGUAAUGCUCCAAAACAAUGCGACGGCAGACAACUUUGACUUGGAUUAUACCGAUUUCGACCUCGUUCUAGAUGAUGGCGAUGACCAGGGAAUUGACGAAACCGGUGCGACGGACAUCGCAAUGAAGGACGAUUGCAAUAAUUCAACCUCACAACAAGAGCCACAGCCUGAUCAUUCUGGCGUCCAGAAAAGCGCAACAAGUGCAGUGACUGAUUUUACCAGGAGACGCAACUGGACGCAGCGUAUAUUAGCAGAAAUGCAAGAUGUACUGAUAGUACUGAGCCCCGACGGAAAAGUCCUUUACUGUUCGCCGGCAAUCCAACCGAUUACGAAUUACGAAUCAAAAGAUCUCGAUGGCAGGUUCCUUUCAGAAUUUGUACAUGAUGACGACCGAACGACUUUCAUCCGCGAAUUUAACGAGUCGAUCGCUACAGGACACCGUCUUAGGUAUCAUUUUCGAUUUCGAAAACCAGACGGCGAAUUCACGAUCGUCGAGGCCUCAGGACACGCACACAUGUCUAAAGAAAAAAUCACACUCGGAACGGGCAAAGAGGGGAACCCUUGCGACGGCUUCUUUCUUGUUUGUCGCCCUUAUCCAACAUCCAGCAAUGCGCUACUAGACACGUUUUUGGAACAUAAAGUUGAGAAUAUACGAUUGAAUAGAAGAAUUGCAGACUUGAAAAAGGAAGAGGAGGAGGAACUCCAAGCUCAGCAGCAGUGGGUGCUCCUCCAAUCAGACAACAAUUCAGGAACUAUUAGCCCUGACGAUGACGUCGACGCUUUCAACAGUGCUCCGACUACUACUACUACUACUACUGCCGCGACAGGCACCGAUCAAGGCAUGAUGUUGCCGCCUGCUAGACCCAGUGUAACAGGCACUGAACACAACGGAUACACGUCUUUGAUCACAUUAGAUAAUAAUCUGGACACCUUGUCCCGAAGCGAUACAUCGUCAGUCCUCGAUGGCAUCGAGAUACUCACGGGUCUGCGAUACGGCGAAGGCGAACGAUCAAGGGGUCUUAGUACGGGGGAAAGAGAUGCAGGGUUGAUACACGAACAGGCAGAUCUUCAUCACCUAGGUUUGAGCUCGGAUGAUAACGACAAGAAGAAACGGAUCAAGACAACAGAGGAAUAUGUAUGUACGGAUUGUGGUACCUUGGCUUCUCCGGAAUGGAGAAAGGGUCCCAGCGGUCCAAAGACACUCUGUAAUGCUUGCGGUUUACGCUGGGCAAAAAAGGAAAGAAAGCGCCAGGGAUCAAUUCAAUCAUCAAUUCAAUCAUCGAUUCAGUCAUGAUGUUCGCUUUACAUCCAGAGCACAGUCCUGUCCAUUUCCACACAUGCAUUUGCAUAUCAUGUGAAUUACGACUUAUAGUACAAGUUACGUACUUGUGAAGAAGUCGAAGACGAACAUAUAUUAUCAAAUCACGACGAAACGACCAUUUUAUUUUCCUUUGGAAAUGACCACAUAUUUGAUCGGCUCAUGGACUAUGAACGGCUGUAUGAUACUACGAAUUCGGUACUCCCAGCUCUUAUUUCGCACCUAUUAAUUUCCUGUCCCUUUUGGGGACGAACAUGUAUAAUUAUUCAUAAAUCAUUAUUUAUUUGAGGGGUAUAUCAAAAUAAUAAUAACUACCUACUUCUUGAAAAAGGAGCAAGAAGGCGGAUAUACAGAGUCAAAUUCUAGAUGCAAAAAAGCAGAUGGCAGUUCAAUAGGUAGAAGCAUAAAAAGAUUAAACGACAGUGUCAUUAGUUUCAUCCCAUCAUAGCACUAGUGCUUUAAGCGGAUUCAACCCGUUUCAUCCUGCUCUGUCAUUGAGCCCCUCGUCUCUGGUGCUGCGCUUGUUUCUGUCAAGGGUGUGGUGUCUUGGUUUUCCGUCACGUCGUCUAAGAUGAUAUCAUCGUCGUCGUUAUUCCCUUUCUCUAUUUCAGAAGAGGCCUCAUUGCAUAUACCACCUACUUCUGAAUCUGACAUGUCCAUUCCAGGUUUAUCUUCCUGUGACUUGUUCGGAUCUGAGAGAACCAUUUCCACACCCUUGCCGUCUUGUAACCCUAAAUCUUCAACGCCGAGAACCGACGGUCCUCGUGCAUGUGGUAUUUCUUCUGGCUGCGGAGAUGAGUUUUCGCCAUCUUCUUCGUUCCCGGCUAGAGAUCGUGAAGAGACAUGUGGCGGCGUUUGCGUUGUAGCAACCAGGCCCGCUUCUUGUUCCUGUCUAAUGAGUUCGCCUUGAGUGACUGCAGCGUCCGCGCGUAGUGGAACGGAACC